AUGGCCAAACCGGCUCCCGCAAAGAAAGGCGCAGCUGCCUCUGCGCCUGCUGCCACGUCAGCAGCAGCGACUGAAGCGGCAGCCAACCAGCAACUAGCCGCCGAUCUGAUGCAGAAAUGGGAGCGGCGAAACGAUCCUGUCGAGAUCGACGAUUCGGAGCAGCCGAAAUAUGUUCGCAAGGGACCAGCGACGUCGAAGGAGCUAGCCGCGAACAAGAAGCUGUACCAGAAGGUGGCCAACAGCCGCAUGACGCAGUUUCUGCUCAAGUCGGAGGAGCUAGCGAGGCGGCAGCAGGAGGAGGAGAUCCGCCGGCACUCCGCGCCGCUGCACGCGGAGGACAAGGGGCUCUGGAAGAAGAUGCCGCUCAUUCCCGCUCCCUUUGGCACGGGCAAGCUGGUGCGUCUAGGCCUGGCGGGCAACAAGGAGAAGGCGGGCAACGUGUUUCUCGACUUCUUCAAGACCUUCCACUUCGGCCUCUGGGGCUACCAGCAGCGCCCCUACCCCGCUGAGAAGCCCUUUGAUAUCCAGCAAGUCGUCGGCACCAAGUUCCUCGAGAAGAGAUACCUCGACUUCACCCUGCGUGGCAGCACGUGGUAUUACAAGGACCGCCUGGGUCGCACACGGGGGCCCUGCGAGGUGAUCAACCUGCGCACGGCAUGGGCCGCGGGGAUCAUUGACGGCAACACCUUCGUGUGGGGCGAUGACAUGGACGAGUUUGCCCCCAUUGAUGCCGUGUAUGGGCUGAAGCAGGCCAUUGAUACGCCUGAUGUGCGCCUGGCCACGGCAGGCACGGCCAUGCUGCACCGCAUCGGGAGGGGCAUGAACCCGCUCAAGGUGAAGAAGGGCUUCGAGGGCAGCAAGAGGUCGCUGGAGGAGCGCCAGGCAGAGGCCCUGGCAGACAAGGAGCGGGAGCACGCUGCCUUGAAGAACCACGGGGGAGCGUGGCCGGGCAACCAGGCCCCCUCGCACGCUCUCUUCCUGUGGGCUAGUGGGAGCGAGCUGACUAAGGUGCUGGACCAGAAGCCCAAGAAGUUUCCCAGCAAGUUCAUCUCCUACGAGCAAAGAUCUUUACCCAUGCAGGAGGCGCUGCUUCAUGCCAUAGCACAUCCCUCAGGGCCGCAUUUCAAGGCUGCGCCUGUGCGAGGUGGUGGAGGUGGAGCAGCUGGUUCAGCUUCCUCAUCCCUCACCAUUCAUUUCCCAUUCUUUCUUCCCUAUUCCUCACUGCCACCCUUGUGCAGGAAGAAGCUGGCGGAGCGCAUCCCGGGGCUGCGCCCGUGGGAGGUGUUGGAGGUGGAGCAGCUCUUCAACUUCCUCACCUUCCGUGAUGACUUCUGGCGCAGCAAGCUCGGCACGUUUUCUACGCCGCCCGAGAAUUCCGAGGCUUAUGAUGAGGAGAUGAUGGAGGAAUGGGGAGAGAUCAAGGAUGCAUUGUCAGGGGCGUUUCCUGAGCUGGCCAGGUGA